UGUGAUAGACACAAACCAGGGAGCGCCAGCACAAUCGGGUAAUACAUCGUGAUUUCCACAGCUUUCAGAGCUUGAACUUCUCCAAAUAAUUCGUAAGGAAUGUUGCUGUCUUAAAGGAAUCAGCUGUGGGAGAUGUGACUGGAAUAAAGUUAACAAACUAACCCUUUGUCACGCCAUGCGUCGACUGCACAGGUGGUAUGUGGCGUUGGCGACAAUCUUCACCAUUUUCAGAUAUGUUGAAUGUGGCACUCCAAACUGCUACGGCCUACAACCACCAACAGAUAUCCAUCUGACCUUUGACACCCGGAUCGAAGACGACGCCAGUGACCAAGGAGCGAAGUGGACGCUUAUUGCUGUAGGUUCGUGGCAAAGACCCGCGGGGGGUGGUGACUUCACAGGAUAUGGGGUCAAACUACAGAAAUCACCACAUAGUGAUGGACAGUCAACAGGGGGACAAUUACUUAACUGUCUUGUAGAUGUUUCUUAUACAGUCACGUCUGAGAAUACAAUGACCUUUUCUGACGUCGAGUACGGGUUCCACUACCGGUUGACCGUCCGCACCAUUGACGGAACUAUGAUGCAGAUCAAUUCAGGAUUUUCCUCUGUAGACGAAUUCUCACCAGAUUGUUACGAAGAGACGGGCAGCGUGGAGUUUUGCAGCAGUCGGGAGGUGGAGACAUCUGGCAAACCGGUCAAUCUAAGCAUCUUCGAGAUGAAGGAGCAAGCCACUGGUCUAGUUGAUGUUACAGUGUCCUGGAACAGACCUAUAACGUCCACAGGCACAGUUGUGGUGAUGUAUAGGGCAAUGUGGGGUCGACCAGACGAAACAGGUGGUAACCAGGGGGGCGAGGGUGUCAUCCCUGCCACUAAGGAGAAUGACACUCUGAAUUCUGCUUACGAGUUUAGCGUCGAAGGUCUAGACGAUCAAAAGGAAUAUCAGUUUAACGUGACUCCAAUGGUGUUAACCUCGAGUCGUCCGGAACUGCAACCUGGUUACAAAGCAUCACUUACUUUUAUUGCAACAGCACCAGCCCCUGCUGUAGGAAGUUUAUCCGUACCGCAAAUGGCUGACUCGGAGGUUAUCCCGAGGAAUGUAGACACAUUUCCACGACGUAAGCCUGAAACUACUUUUGAACCAACAACUGCGCAGGCAACCCAAGCGUCGUUCACUGGAGAUCCGAUUACCCCUAGCCCGCCCUCCAGCGACAAUCUGCUGCUCACAGCGUCUGUGGCAGUAGGCGUGGCUUUGGUGUUUGUGAUCGCAAUGUCGAUCACUACUUGGUGUUGCUUCAAGAGAAAGAAGAAAGAGGAUGAAUUGAAGAAAGCUGUGUUUAUCAGAACCAGAGAGGAAGAGAUUAGUAUGUAUCAUCAUAAAGGAAGUAUACAGAAGAACGAGACAGAAUGCAGGGAGUGCCUUCCUGAGUUUGAAGUCAAGGAACUAGACCGCACCUUGCUGAAGUUGGAGAAGGAGUUAGGGAGUGGCCAGUUCGGAGUGGUAUACAAAGGCUACGUGCUUGGUGUAUACAGCAAGGAAGAAUACUCCCCGGUUGCUGUCAAGAGUUUGAAGUGUAACGCCAGUCAGUCCAUGAAGGAGGACUUUCUUGAUGAGAUCAAACUGAUCAUCGAGAUCGGGACCCAUCCAAAUAUCCUACCCGUCCUGGGUUGCUGUACGGUGGACGAGCCGUACUAUCUCAUCACAGAGUACAUGAAGUAUGGCGAUCUCCUUCACUUCUUGUGGAAAUGUAGAGAGGAAAACCGGCCAGAUGAUGAUCACGUUUACAUCAUGACGGAGACGAACAAGAUCCAGAUAGCUCGACAGAUUGCAAGAGGAAUGGAAUAUCUGUCCAACACUCGCUACUACCACGGAGAUCUGGCCGCACGUAACGUCCUAGUGGGUGAAGACCUAGUGGUGAAGAUAUCUGACUUUGGUUUGGCAGAUGAUAUCUACCAGAAUGGAUACAAACGUUUGGCGCCACACAGAAAGCGUCCCGUGAAAUGGGUCAGUCUGGAGACCAACCUGGAAGGAAAAUGUACCAUACAGAGCGAUGUGUGGUCAUUCGGCAUCGUGUUGUAUGAGAUCUACACUCUUGGCAGUAUGCCAUACCCUGGUCUCGAUGGCAGGGAGGUGGUACGCCGACUGCAGACUAGCUACCGCAUGGAUAAACCGGACAACUGCCCUGAUGAAAUCAAUGACAUCAUGAGGCAGUGUUGGCGGGAGAAACCAACCGAGCGACCUACAUUCACCAGUCUCUUCAACACCUUCGACAGGAUGUUGGUGGAACAGAGUGACUACAUGCUGCCUCUUGAUGGCGCUGUUUAUGAUCACUGUCUCCUGGGUGGUGGUGGCAGCGGCGGACAGGCAGCGAAGACCGGAAGCGACGAAGAAGUUGCGAGUACUUCCUUGGUUGCGAAACUGAUGCUGGAGGAUCUACCGAAGAGUGAGACUGAGCAGAGUGAUACCGUCAGGCUCUUUCCCAAGGAAUAAUUUAAUAAAUGGUUAUGGUUGGCAAAUUGCUGGUUAUAAUGAGCGCUCGGGUCGAUUUCACAAUGAGCUUGGGACUAGUCCUAUAUAACUUAAAGGAAUAUUACAGAAUUGGUUUUGCUAGCAAAAAAGUUGCUGGCAGUGUAAGCACUUUAUGUAAUCCACCAUUUACAUAAACUGAUGACACACAUGUAGAAGUUCGAGAUCGAUCGGCCAUCUGGGUCACGAGAGAAUAGUGAAAAACCGAUUACAAUUUUUGCAUUGCA